AUGGCUAUUGAUGUACAAACCAAACGAUUUCAUGACGCAGAUGUAUCUUGGUGGUCCAAGAAGCAGCUGCUUGCUGCCAGGUCAAGUACUGAAGCAGAAUACAGAGCUUUAGCUCAAGCUGUCACAGAGGUUUUGUGGAUUCAGUCUCUCCUAAAGGAAUUAAAAGUCAAAAUAAAUACUCCUACAGUGCUCUGUGACAAUCAGAAUAUCAUUCUUGAAGGAUUGCCCGAAGAAUAUGAAUCCACCGUCUCUCUCAUCAGUAGCCGUUUUGAUCUUCUGUCCAUCGAGGAAGUUGAAACCCUACUUCUUGGCCAUGAAUCUCAUCUUGAAAAGUUCAAGAAGAAAGCUGCUGCCUCCAUCAAUGUCGCCACAACAUCCCCUGACCCUAAUCAACCCCUCAUGCAUCAACAAGCCAAUCUUGCACAUCAAGAAACUCAGACUUCCUUUUCUCAGCGUCGUGGCGGUCGCUCUAACUUUUGUGGUGGCCGUUUUUCCAACCGUCCAGCUCGAGGCAGAGGAAGAUUUGCUCGAUUCCAAUGUCAAGUCUGUCAUCGGUAUGGCCAUAUUGCUUCCUCAUGCUAUUAUAGGUUUGAUGCAACCUACGUCCCAUCCUCUUCUCUUGAAGUACCCGCGCAGCAAUCUCCCAACCAAAAUACCUAUACAGGUUCUUGGUACAGUAAUCAACCUACUCCUCCUUCACUCAAUCAAAAUGGAAUUCUUGGGCCUCGACCUCAUCCCACCCCUCAAGUUCAUUUUACCCCUACCCCGACGCAACCUCAGGCCAUGGUUGCCUCAUCCUCCUCUUCGAACAACACCACUUGGUAUCCGGAUUCUGGUGCAUCAAAUCAUGUCACCAAUGUUUCUCAAAAUAUUCAACAGUUCACUCCCUUCGAAGGCCCGGAUCAAAUUCAUGUUGGGAAUGGCCAAGAACUUCACAUAAACUCUGUAGGUGUCACCAUGUUUCCCUCUCCAAUUAAUUCUCAGUUUCAUUUUGCUCUCAACGAUCUUCUCUUUGUUCCCUCCAUUACAAAAAAUCUGAUUAGUGUCAGUCAGUUCUCCAAAGAUAACUCUGUUUUCUUUGAAUUUCAUCCUUCCUUUUGCUUGGUAAAAUCACAGGCUACUAAGGAGGUCCUACUUCAUGGAACAGUUGGCCCUGACGGUUUAUAUCAGUUCCCGACUACCUCUGCCCCUUCCUCAUCUGUUUAUACUGCUCCCUUCGAACUAGUUUUCAGCGAUCUGUGGGGCCUUGCCUCUGCUACUUUUGCGUGUGGUUUUCAGUACUAUAUUACCUUUGUUGAUUCAUUUACGCGUUUUACAUGGAUUUAUCUCAUCAAAAACAAGGCACAAACCCUUGGUGUUUUCAAACAGUUUCAUAACAUGGUUACCAAUCAAUUUCAGCUUCCCAUCAAAGCAUUGCAAACAGACUGGGGAGGAGAGUUUCGCCCCUUUACCACAUACCUCAAUGAUUUUGGGAUUCAACAUCGUCUCAUAUGUCCCCACACACACCAUCAAAAUGGUGUGGUUGAACGUUACAAGUGUCUUGCUGCUGAUGGGCGCCUUUACAUCUCCAAAGAUGUCAUCUCCAAUGAAGCUAAAUUUCCCUACAAGACUCUCUUUACUUCGUCCCCAACCCAUUCUUCCCCAAACACCAUUGAGAUUCCCCUUACUGUCACCAAUUCACCUCCUAUAACUUCACUACCCGCUUCAUCCUCUCACACCCAUGAAUCACACCCAAUUUCUUCUUCUGCAUCUUCGCCCAACAUAGUUUCUGAAUCUCUCACACCUGCAACCCAAUCUAACCUUCCAAACAUUACUUCCAAUUUGUCCCCCAACACCUUGACCGCUUCUAAUCGGACGCCUCCUGCGUCUGCCUCUCAUGCUAUCAUUCAUCCUCACAAUACUCAUCCUAUGGUCACAAGAGCCAAAGACGAACACAAUGCUCUCCUUCACAAUGGCACCUGGUCCCUCGUUCCUUUUCCACCAAACAGGACUCCCAUAGGCUGCAAAUGGGUCUUUCGCGUCAAAGAAAACCCUGAUGGCACCAUCCACAAGUAUAAAGCUCGCUUGGUAGCCAAAGGCUUUCAUCAACAAUUUGGCUAUGACUACAACGAAACCUUCUCCCCUGUCAUCAAACCUGUAUCUUGCGUUGACUCAUCAAUGGCCUCUUAA